AUGAAGUUCUCUUCCGCCUCGCUCGCGCUCGCAGCGCUCAUAGCCAGCACUACGUUGGUCUCGGCAUCCAACCUGGAGCACUCCAACAUCGAUUCUGUCGUCCGUCGACACAACCACAGGCAACAUGCUCGUGGUAGCUGCUCUUCCUCGAACCACUCCAAGCCCCACAAGGCCAAGCAGGUAUCGUCUGACCUCAAGAAGCCUGCCGGCUCCAAGUCCAGCUCGCAGUCCAAGUCCGGUUCUUCGUCCGAUUCCUCUGCCAACUCCUCUUCGUCUUCCUCUUCGUCAUCGGGCAGCAGCUCUGCCCACGGCAAGACCUCGGGAGGAAAGAUGGGUCUCUGCUGGGCCAACGCCAACGGCAUGCCCAUCAGCAACUUCGACUUUGGAUCCGUCUCUUGGUUCUACUCGUGGGACGCCACUCCCGGUUGGGAUGCUGCUCCUGUUGACAAGCUCAUGUACUGCCCAAUGCUCUGGGGAUACAAGAACGUCGACUCGUUCAAGAAGAACGUCCUUGACAACCAGAACUCCAAGUUCAACCAGCACAAAUGUGCCAUGGCCAUGAACGAGGUAAACCAAAAGGGUCAAUCCGACAUGAGCCCGCAGGAUGGGUGCAAGCUCAUCGAACAGUACCUCCUGCCCCUCAAGGACAACGGAUGGUAUCUCAUGGGCCCUUCCACCACCAACGCUCCCGACGGCAAGGUUUGGUACCAAAACUUCAAGAAGGCCUGCCCCGACACCUUCAACAAGCUCGAUUCGAUCGCCAUCCACUACUACGGCACCGACGUCAACGACUUCAAGACCUACCUUCAGGAUUGGUACAAGACGUUCGGCAAGGAGAUCUGGGUCACUGAAUUCGGCUGCACCAGCUUCAACGGUCAGCCCCAGUGCGACAAGACCAAGACCGACAACUUCGCCACCGAGAUCGCCACCUUUAUGAACCAGCAGGAUUGGGUCAAAGGCUGGGCACCGUUUGCUGUCAUCCAGAAUUUGCAGGGUGUCAGCGAGACGCAGCGUCUCAGCAACGGCAACAGCCCCACUGCGCUCUUCCACACUUAUGCUCAAUCGAGCUAG